GUGCGUUCUGCAAGCUGCGCCGGGGUGCCACCGAGAUGGACAUGGGACCUCGUGGCGUCCAGCUCCUGGCCGCGCUCCUCGUCCUGGGGCUGUGCGCCCUGGCGGGGGGCGAGAAACCGUCCGCCUGCCAGUGCUCAAGGGUGAGCCCCAAAAACAGGAAGAACUGUGGCUUCUCGGGCAUCACCAGCGACGAGUGCUUUGACGGCGGAUGCUGCUACGACUCCAGUGUCUCAGGGGUCCCUUGGUGUUUCUACCCCCUCCCAAAGGAAGAGAAUGAGCAGUGCGUCAUGGAAGUCCCAGCCCGCGUGAACUGUGGCUACCCAGGCAUCAGCCGUGAGCAGUGCCUCUCUCAGCAGUGCUGCUUCGAUGACCUUGUCUUCCAAGUGCCCUGGUGCUUCUACCCGAAGCCUCUGGAAGACUGCCAUUACUAGGACGUGCUGCCUGCACCGCACCCAUCCGGCCCUGCAUGUUCUGGAACAAAGGAAGAAAAUUCACUUUCUUAUCAGCUUCAAAUUUCAUGAAAUCCUGGGUUUUCCUAAUCAUUUUCUAACUGUUUCAAUGGUUUAGCAUACAAUUUCUUCACAUAAAGGAAACCCUUAAAAUCUG